ACUCAGAGCGAGCGCUACGGGGAACGGUCGUCCGCCCGCAGCCGCAGUUAAUCGAGAUACCAGAUACUAGAUACUCCUCGUUCAGAAACGUCAACCGAAUUGCAAUAUUCGAUUUCAAAACAUCAUCGAGAAGAGCCAAACAUAGUCUACCUGAAUCGGUUCAAGUCCACUCCUACGCGUGUGUGUUCCUAGUGAAAGUUUUCGCAAUCCCACAGAAUGGUCACCCUAAUGCCAUACAACUACGCCGCCCCGCGAUGCGGAUUAAUUGACAAAAUGAUCGAGCCAAAGGUUAAACGUCCCAAGACAGAGCACACGGAUACUCAUGAACGCAACCGCCUCUGCAAUCUGUCACAGCAGCAGCAACAGCAACCCCAGCAGCAGCAGACCCACCAGCAGCAGCAACAGCAACAGCAGCAGCAGCAGCAGCAAUCCCAUCCCAGCACCGUGUUGGCCAGCAAUGGACCCAGUAGCGCCGGUGCCGGCAUGGGUGUCGGUGUGGGCGGAGGCGGCGGCGUGGUCGGUCAGUGCAGUCCACUGGGACUGCCACCGCAGAGUCAGCCGCUGCAGCCAACUAUAGGAUCGCUGGCCUCGCUAAGCGGUCACUACUCCAACGGGAAUACCAAUCCGAAUGUGAAUUCGAGCAGCUGCAGCCUGGCAGCAGCCUCCAGUUUCUCGCAAUCCGCUGGGAGCAGCUUCUCCACAUAUCAACAGGCAGGCGGCACCGGCGGCGGAGGAGUUUCUGGCGAGGAUGGAGUGGUGGGCGGAGCAACUGUGAUGUCGCACUGGACGCAUGAUGGCACUGGUUCGAGCGGUGCAGCGGUCAAGUCAGAGUCCCGUAGUCCGGGGCAAGUGCAUGCUUCGCUGGACAAUGGUUCGGUGCCCAGUUCCAAUCUGUAUAGCUGCAGCUCCGCUAGCAAUCCCCUCGACGGAGGAGCAGUGGCGGUCAAUUCCUCGGCGGUGGCAGCAGCUGCAGCAGCGGUAUACGACGGCAAGCACGACUACUACUACUACAACAGCAUGCAGCAGUAUACGCCGCCUCCGUUCUACUCCGGCUACGGAACUCCUUAUGCCGCGGCAACGGCAGCCCGCCAGGCCAAGAUGGAACCAGGAGCAGCGGCUGCGGCAGCUGCUUAUCUAACGCCCAGCUAUGCCAGCGGUGGCAACAACAACUCGCAGCUCUACAGCAGUCCCUAUGCCAGCUACAACAACUUCGGGCAGCAGGACUACGGCGGAUACUACAAUGAGCAGUACGGCAAUUACUACAGUCCGGCAAACUACUCUCCGUACGCUGUCAGCUCGCCCAGCUCGAGUGCGAGUCACGGACACGGCUUUCAUGUGGCAGCCUCCUCGAAUCUCUCUGAGAGCCCCACGGACACCCACUCGACGACGCCAGUCCACCAGACCACCCACUCGCCGCAUUCCCCGCUGCCGAUCUCACCUAGCGCCGGCUCUGGAAUUGGUCCUCUCGGAAAUGUGGCGGCGGCUGCUGCGGCAGCAGCCCUGAACUCCAGCGGAGGCAGCAGUGUGGGCACGGCGGGAUCAGGGGGUGUAGCGACCAGCAAGACCACGCCAACAGGCAAAACGGGACGUGCGCGGGGACGGCGUCAUCAGCAGCCCAGCCCAACCAGAAGCACUGCCUCGGACACUGGAAACAGCGAGGCCGUCAAGCCACCGGAGAGGGUGUUCGUCUGGGAUCUGGACGAGACCCUCAUCAUCUUCCAUACCCUGCUCUCGGGCAGCUAUGCCAACCGAUACACCAAAGACCACAGCUCCCUGAUGACUAUCGCCUUCCGGAUGGAGGAGAUGGUCUUCAACAUGGCCGACACGCACUUCUUCUUCAACGAGAUCGAGGAGUGCGACCAGGUGCACAUCGACGAUGUCAGCUCGGAUGACAAUGGCCAGGACCUGAGCGCCUACAACUUCGCCACGGACGGCUUCCAUACGAACAAUCCGCCCGGUGCCCCGCCCAAUCUCUGCCUGCCCACUGGAGUGAGGGGCGGUGUCGACUGGAUGCGCAAGCUGGCCUUCCGCUACCGCAAGAUCAAGGACAUCUACAACAGCUACCGCGGAAAUGUUGGGACCCUACUUGGACCCGGAAAACGCGAGGCUUGGCUGCAGAUCCGCUCGGAAAUCGAGGUGGCCACAGACAACUGGGCCACGCUGGCGCUCAAGUGCCUGAGCAUGAUCUCCCAGCGAGAGAACUGCGUCAACGUGCUGGUCACCUCCACGCAACUGGCCCCGGCACUGGCCAAGGUCCUGCUCUUCGGGCUGGGCGGCAUCUUUAACAUCGAGAACAUUUACAGUGCGCACAAAAUCGGCCAUGAAACCUGCUAUGAGCGGAUCGUGACUCGCUUCGGGCGCAAGAGCACCUACGUGGUAAUUGGGGAUGGGAACGAGGAGGAGAACGCCGCCAAGGCCAUGAACUUCCCCUUCUGGCGCAUCUCCGCCCACAGCGACAUUCGCGCCCUCUACACUGCCCUCGACAUGGGUUUCUUAUGAAAGGCCAAACUGUAAUGGCAGGCUCGAAGCAGUUUUGAGUACAAACAGCAAAAUGUUUAUUUAAUUUAUUUAAUAUUAAUAUUAUAACUGAUACGUAUGUGUGUGUGUGUGUGAGACAACCAACAAAUGCAAACUGUAAACCAGCGCAAAAUAAUUUAAUUAUUUUGUUUGAACAAUUUAUACUUUAACGCCAAGACUUCUUGUAUUAUAUAGUUUUAAAACACCUAAUCAACGAUCCUAACAGUUCGCAGUUCUCGCACGAAGUUGUUUCAAGUGUGUAAUUAACGAACUAACGGUAUACGUAUUUAGCACCUUAGAUUAGCAAACAAUAACGGACCGAUGAUGCCCCAUCCUGGCCACAUCCUGGAAAGCGGAGCAGACACAACAAAAACUAGUUUAAAGUUCUUAGUUUAAAGGCAGAACCAUAAUUAUAAUGAUUAUAAAUAAUUCGACAAAGCCGUAGUAUUCAAAUUUUAAAUAACUAUUAUUUAGCUGCAUAUAUUAAACUAUAUUUAAAAUAUAAAACCAAGUAAUAAAAGAGCAAAUCCAACAACAACGCACUCUAUUAAAGC